GCUACCGUGCUGCUGCUCUGGGUGGCGGUGGCGGUGGGCGCGGUGCCGCGCUCCAUGCUGCCCAGAAGGCCGGGCCUGUGCGUGGACGCCCGCUUCCUCGUGGACCUGCUGCGCGCCGACGAGAGCGACAGCGUAGUGCGCGCGGACAGCCAGCACCGCAAGGCGCGACGGACCGUCCUGGUGUCCUUCUCGACCUUCGUCGACUGGGACGUGCUCUGCUCCGGCGCGGCGCGCAGGCUGCACAUGGAGGCGCACUACUCGCUGCAGAUCCAGGCCGUGGGCUACAACCUCAAACGCAACGUCAAGGUCCGAGGCCGCAGAGCAACGGUCGUAUGGUUGGCUCUGUUCUGUUCGCUUCCUAGACCGACGCCUUUGACGGCGACCCUUUCUGUCUCAGGUCGCGCCGCACACCGUCGACAUCGUCGUGUUCUUGUUGGGCUCCAAUGGCGAGGAUCUCGAGUACGAGGCCUCACACCACACGACCCAGGUGCUCAAGUACUUCGGCCGCCUCACCCCCAUCCUUGCCGCCGUGGUGGGAGGGAGCUCCGAAGACGUCGAUAUUGUCCUCAACGAAAUGUACAGCAGGCGGUGGUGGCGGGUGUCCACGGCGCUGCAGCAGCACGCACACGAGGUGCGCGGUGCCGGAUGGCCCCGAGUCGUACCCCGAGUACAUAGAAUGUCCCCCUCCGGUCCAGUUGCCGUUGCCUGAACCCGACCUCUUCGCCUUACAGUCGGCCGUGACCGGCCCCGGCAUGGACGAGGUGCCCGUGUUCUCGAGGCUCCCGCUGUACGAGCCCGGUCGGCGCUGUGGGAGCCGUAUGAGCGACACCGCCCUGGUGGUCACCUGGUCGCCGGUGGCGAGCGGCAAGGCCAAGAACGUGCUUCUCUCAGAUGGUCUGUUUCCACCAAACCCCGAGCAGUUUGAUCUCCGCGGCUGCCUCGUGCUCGUGGCGCCGCACGAGGCUCCGCCUUACAUCUUCAUGAAGACGGUGGAGGCGGGGGUCACCGAUAAUAAUCAUCCUCUCGGCCUGGAUGUGGACUUGGCUGAGUACUUCUCGAAGUCCAAAAACGCCACGGUCAAGUUUUUACCCGUAUCGAGUCACCCCGUCAGCCCGUGGAACACCAAGUGGGAGCAGUCAGUGGAGGAGAAUUCGUCAGAGAUGCAGGCCGCCAGCAGAGCCGAAAUGGUGGUGAACUCAUCACAGAUGGACCCGACGAGAAUGCUGGCCGCCGGCAGAGUCGACAUGGUGGUGGGCGGGCUGUUCCCCACGCCAGAGCGCUACGACUCGUUCACGCUCAGCGCCAUGUACACCACCGACGCGCUGCAGUGUUAUAUGGCGCGAGAGCACCUCCUGCCCCUCUGGCAGUACCCCAUCGCCGUGCUUUCCUACAAGGCCUGGAGUCUGCUGUUGGUCGCCAUGGUGUGCCUCGUGAUCAUGCUGACGUGGCUGAACAGGCAGGGCGUCAUGACCAACGCCAUCCUGCUGUGGGGCGUGCUGCUGGAGGGCCGCUCCAUGCCCACCUGGAUGUCGCCGCGCACCUCGCUGCUCACCUUCGUCUGGAUCAUCUUCUCGAUGCACUUCACGGCGGGCUACCGCGCCUCGCUCGCCAUGGCCAACACCAAGCCCAUCACCCGCCCGGGGCUGUCCGAGCUCCCGGAGGUCAAGGAGCAAGUGAGGCGGGUCGGCGUCAUCAACGGGAUCAUGGUCCCCUACCUGGAGCAGGACGCCUCGCUGUCAGAGCUGCUGCAGCGCGUGGUCAUCUGCAACACCACGUGGAACUGCUCGCAGAUGGUGCGGGAGCAGCCCGAGGACACGGCCCUCAUCAUGACGAGCCGCUCCCUGAAGUUUCUGCUGCCGACGUACUUCGUGGACAGCAGAGGCCGCAAGAUUCUCCAGUCGCUCAACCAGGCCCUGUACACGUUCCACGUGAGCACCAUGGUGAACAAGGGCUCCGCCAUCCAGCUGGCCUUCGACGAUGCCGUGUACCGGGCCCAAGAGUCGGGGCUGAUAUCUGCCUGGAUGUCGCACUUGCAGACGGCCUCGAACCGGAAUCUCGAGAAAAGGUGGCGGGCCAACCUUGGUGGGCCAAGGGCACUGACGCCGACGCAGGUCGUGGGGCCCUUCUCUGCGCUGGCCGCCGGGCUGUUUGUGGCGGGCUGCGUGUUCGUCUUCGAGGUGGUCGGCUAUCAGGGUAUGAAGGUGGCGGGAAUCGAGACGGACUCGCCGCCAGACCCGGAGGACGACGGCGUGCCCAGGGACGUGAGCGUGGACGCCCCGCUGCAGGCCAUCAAGGCUCAGGUGGAGGCCGAAGAGCAGGCCGUCGCCGAUGCCCAGCUAGCCGAGUCUGCCGAGGUGGUCCGGGUAUCCUGCAUCCCCGCCACAUUGCUUGCCGACGGCACCGCCAUCCUGGGAGAGGGCGAGAGGCGGUACGAGCGCGCCACUCGCCUCGAGGCGGAGGUCAUGGCCAUGUCGGACCAGCUCCUCGACGCCGCCCUGGACGAGGACUCUGCUGCUGGUGGCGAGCACGGCGCCGCCACUCUGCUCUCUGACGGCACGGUGCUGCUCGGCGAGGCCAUGCCCACCAUGACCAUGCCGGGCGCCGCCACCCUCCUCCCGGACGGCACGGUGCUGCUCGGCGACGCCGUCAAUAAAGAGGACGCGGGACCCGGCGAUCCCGACCAGAACUUUGGCGAGUUGGUGGUUUCGGAAGGAGGACAUGAACUGUCCUCCCUCAAAGACGCCCUCGCGGCACAAACUGAUCCAGAGACACCGGCGGCCGUCAGCGAGACACACCUAGGUGGCAUGCUCGUCCAAGACCACGGCGGAGUACUGCGGCGCAACGCUCCUCCGAGCAAGUACAGCGCCCUGUGGACGUCCGUCGUGCUGCCCGCCGCCAUCGCCGCCCUCCGCGGGGAGGGCGGCGUCGAGUCCAGCGGGGCGCCAAGACGACUCUCCGACGGCGACGGCGAAGGCGACGGUGAAGGCGAUGGUGAAGGCGACGGCGAAGGCGGAGGCGACGGAGACGGAGACGGCGACGGCGACGGCGACGGAGAACAGAGCGACGCGGAGCCGGGGCGGGGCUCAAACUGAUCAUCAGCAGGGAGAAGUAGAGAAGUACUCGGGGGCGGUGUUCGGUACCCGAAGCGAGGCAGGGGUGCGCAGGGGAGGAGCCGAGCUAGAGCCAGUCAUUAGUCUUUCCCAUUAGGGGCUCGACGGCGACGUGAGAGGCUGCUGGCGAUCUCCCCGCCCCUCGGCCGGCUGGCCCAACAGGCCACAGGCCCCAGGAGGGAUCCGAUAUGGCAAGGGUCGAUAUAGCAGUCUAUCGGUGCUAUCUCUCAAGAGAUGAGGCGAGGACCCCUGUCAUCGGGUCCGUGGUGCAGCUUCCUACCGGACAAGCGCCCCGCCCAGCCGGAGCCACCACCGUUUCCAGGAAUUGUACCAACAGCAACGAAAUGAAACUCUGCCAAAAUAUCGGUGGUGCAUUUUUAUUUCCGUUGCAGA